UGUUAAAACCUCAAUAUUGUCAAAUAUUUCAAAAUGUAUAUAUUGAAGAAAAAAAACUGAAACGGAAACUGUAACACCAAUUCGGUUUUUGUAUUUAAUUUGACUUUUGUUUUAAAGCUAGUGAAACUAUAACUUAUCCUCUUGCACUAUAUAUACGAAGUGGCUUUUCCAAUCUCUCCACCAAAUAUAAUUACAUCCAAAUCCUAAAAUUAUGAUAAAAACAAAAGAGGUUACGUUUGUGACAAUUUUGAUUUUAUUAUGCGUGUUUAUAUGUUGCAUUGAUGCGCAAAAAAAAUAUAUUCACUAUCCAAUUAGAAGAGAUUUAGGUAAUGGUUGUGAUCCAAGAUUUCCUACCGCUGCAUGUUAUAAGCGCAUACCAGCGAAUCCGUAUACGCGAGGAUGUAGUAUUGCCAAUAGAUGCCGCCGUUCUACUUUUUCUGUACGAGUAUCAUCUUUGAAAAAGUUUUUGGAAAUACCACCAAUGUAAACACUAUAUUAAUUGUUAAGAAAACAGAGAUGGAUAAAGUUAUUAAUAUUUUAAUUCGUUCCCAUUAAUCUCCCUACCAACUAUUUAUCACAAUUAAUUAUCAAAGAAAUUUCAUUUACAUGGCAAAAAA